AUGGCUGCCACUCCAACAGAAGAAGAGGCUCGUCAAGCCCUCGAAACUCUCAUCACAACCGCAUCAACACUUCUAGAACAACUCCAAUCAAUCCUAACUUCCAUCCAACGCAACCCAACAACCCCCUCCCCCACCACCACAACCGAAACAACCGACAUCGACGCUCUCGCUCUAGCCCGCGACUGCUCCUCCCUCAUCCGCGCCCACGGCACAAAAAUCUCUCUCCUCAUAAUCAACGAACCCUUCACACCCAGCGCUCUCACCACCGUCGUCCGCGAACUCGUCAAGGGUCCCAUCCCCGGUUUAGCUACAGCCGUGCAAGCCUGCGAGACAAAACUAUAUACCUCUGUUGUGCGAAAAGAACUUGCGUACCGCGCUCAAAAGGUUCUAGCAGAGUUAUCGAACCUUUUGAAUCGUGUACCGAAAGAUGGAAAGGUUCUUUCUGGUGGAGGGAGGGAUAGCGGUUCGGGAAGUCUUGCGCUGACGGGUAUGUUGUGGUCUGCGUGUGAUGAAGUCGUUGCGCUGGCAAACAUGGGCGUGGGAGGUUUCUUUGUAAAGAAAGCUGAAGAGUGGAGAGAUACGCUCAAGGAUGUUAUGGAGGAAUUAAAAGAAUGGGGAGAAGAAGAAGACGAUGAAGAUGAAGAUGAAGAUGAAGUGGAUGACCUGGCAGAAAAGAUGAACCACGCUUCACUUUCCAAUCAAGAAAUCCUCGACGAAAUGAUGAACUCUUCAUCCGCAAUCCCUCGCUCCGACCCCGAUAAAAUCCGUCCUCGUCUCGACUCAACACUCAAGCGUCUACGCAUGGUAGUUCUUUUGUACCAAGCCCUUUCGAAGCGUCGUUUCAAGAAACUUCCCAAGGAUACUACAAAGGGGGAUAUGCCAGCCAAGCUGGACAGUACUGCGAGUGUGCUAGCUGGAUUGCCAGACAAGUUUGGUGAUUUGGCAGAAGCGUUUUAUGAGUUGGAUGGGGAGGAGAUUGAUACGCUUAUGGAGGAAUGUUUUGAGAGUGCUGUUGGUGUGAGUGAGGUUCUCAAGAUUGGUUGGGAAGGGGAGAGUGAUGAGUUUAGUGAGUGGAUGGAAAAGUUCAAGGUUGAAGUCAAGAAGGCAUAA